UCAGAUAUUCACGAAUUAACCAGUAUUCAAUGUAUUGAAAAGGGCCUUCAUUUAUCUCCUGAUAAUGAAAUAGUUAUGAGGAGAGUUGCAUCCGAAUUGUCGCUGGUUGGUUGUCACGAAAGGGCCAAAGAACUCUUUGAAAAAUCGCUUGCCAAGGAAAAAUCUUGGUUUGCAUAUAGACAUCAAGGCUUAAUGUACUUGAGGAGGUAUGAAGCCGGUGAACGUGAUCAAGAAAUAUUGCUGAAAGCCGAGGACAGCUUUCUUCAAGCUAUAAAAAUGAAAAACGUCCACGCUGACCAAUCAGACCUAGGCUACGUUUACUUUCUAAAAGGGCCAGACCACUGGCAUAAAGCUCUGAAACAAUUUCAUCUUGCCAAGAAGAACACGCAGAACGAUAACUUUGACACUACCGAGACGCAUCGACGUUGGGCAAGAUGUUUGGAAAAGUGCGGUGAAAACGAAAGUGCCAAUAGGCAGUGGAGUAUAGCUGCCGAAAUGAAAGAGAAAAUACGAAGUAUGAUUACAACCGGCAAACGAAGACAUGGGACAAACUGUGAUGGCUCUCAAUGCGAACUCUGUCGUUUUGAGUAUUGUAAAGAAGAACGAGGUGGAUUUGUUAAUGUCUUGUUUGAAAAUGACACUCCGUGUAAAUCCAAAAUGUGCAUGGCCCAAGAACACACGAGGAAACCAUUUCGUUAUGAUUUUUUUAUCAGUUUUUGCCAUAUAGAUCACAAGUGGGCUGUUGCUCUCCUUAAAAAAAUUGAAAAGGAUUUUAACCUCAAUGGCUGUUUACGCUACAGAGAUUAUCGACUGGGGAUUUCAAUUAUGGAGAACAUUAUCAAAUCACUCGAGACAAGUCAUAAAACCAUCGUUAUUUUGUCUCCUGAUUCUCUAAAGGAUAAAUGGUGCAAUUUUGAAAUCCAACGAGCUGUACAUGAAAACGUUCACCGUAACAAAGAUAGAAAAUGUAUCGUGCCGUUGGUGCUUCGACCAUGCGACAUCCCUGUCGAACUUCAGGACUUGUGCAAUUUAAAAUGUGAACGUGGACAGAUUCAUGAUAACGACUGGGUCCGACUUGGCAUGGAACUUGCACAAGACAAUUUAUGAUGAAAGAACUUCACAUCAUUUAAAUUGAUGUAUAGAAAAGAAAAAAAACUCAAAUGUCUGUAUCAUGUUGACAUUAGCGUCUAUACAGAGAGUAAAGUAAAUAAAUAUUGAAAAUCUGAUAA